GUGUGCGCUGAGCACUGUUCAAGAAAUUCGAACAUCGUACGACGUACCCCUGUGGUGCAUCUUCCUCUGCCACUGGCCAGGCACCUACAGGCUACCUGACCUGCAUUCGAAGUUGAACUCCGAGUCGUUGGUGGAAGAAAAGGGCUCUUGUUGCGCAUCGCCCUUCGAGAAGCUCGUCUCGUGCUUGCUACCAAGAAGGAUGGCUCAGGCUGUGGUUGCCCGCGCUGCGGCCAGCGGAUUGGUUGGCCUUACUGGCACCCAGGCGGUUCUUUCGCAGAAGAGCACCUACUUGAGCGGGAGCAGGUCUGUGCUUUGCAGAAGCAUUGCAGGGUCCGCCAAGGUAUCCAUGAGGGCCUCGUGGCUGCCGGGCUCAAAGCUCCCCGAAUACCUGGAUGGCCUGCCAGGUGACUUCGGAUUCGAUCCUUUGGGUUUUGGAGAGGUUCCCGAGAACCUGGCCCGGUUUCAAGAAGCAGAGCUGAUCCACUGCCGGUGGGCCAUGCUUGGAGUUGCGGGCGUCCUCGUCCCUGAGGCUCUCGGUCUGGGCAACUGGUUGAACGCACAGGACUGGGCAGCCAAGGGCGGCAUCCCCACUUACCUCGGAGUCGCCGUGCCUUGGGGCAAUCUACCCACCAUUCUCGCUGUUGAGUUCGCUGCGCUUGCUUGGGCCGAGUCCCAGAGGAACAACGAGAGCGAUGCGGAGAAGAAGAAGUACCCCGGCGGCGCCUUCGAUCCCCUUGGUUUCUCCAAAGACCCCGCUAAGCUGGACGAGUUGAAGCUGAAGGAGCUUAAGAAUGGACGGUUGGCUUUGGUUGCUUUCCUUGGCUUUGCCGUGCAAGCAGCCGUAAGGCCAGGCACUGGACCUCUUGAGAACCUCGCACAGCACCUGUCGGACCCGUGGCACAACACUGUUGCGGACGUUUUUAUUCCUAGGUCGAUCUUGUAAAUAUGAACAGCCCUGCAUAAGAGAGAGCGUUACACUUCGACUUUGCGCUGACAAGCUCGGUUCAGUGUCAGCUUGCCACCACCGCCAUAGGUGCCCGUUUGGACAUGUCAAUAAGCUGCAGUCUCAGACACCGUGCAAGCAUUCAAUUGUGUCUUGAAAGUUUGCACGGUGUCUGAGCAUUGGACUGCCAUGAUUGCAACUUGUCUCGAGGGAGCAUGAAUGUUUUGGAGAGCUCUUGUGAAGCGCAGGCAGGAGCCAACGUCGCAUCACAAAUGCCUAAUUCGCCUGAAGCCAGGAGUUUCAUCCAGGCAAUCGGUUGCUUGUGAAACACACCCAAUCUCGUCACUUUGAAGUAAGGAGGUGGAACCAUCUAAGUGUUGGCCAAGUGGUACAGAUUGCUUGCUCUGGAGUAAGUUGAUGGUUGUGAAGAUGUCCCACAAGAAGCAGUCCGCAUUUUUCUCGCAAACACCGCUUUGUAUCACUGUGUAAUUAUCCCUAAGUUAAUGUUGUCUGCGCAAGUCCAUUACAUUCAAGU